CCUUGUUGUUUGCGGAAGGGAAAGAGCUCGCGGUCUUCGCCUCUCUCCGCGGCUGCUUGAGGGGCGGGAAGAUGGCGCUGGAAACUCGAGGGAUGGAGCAGGACGUGGAGGAAGGCGAGAUCUCGGACUGCGAAAUGCCGGCCUCCGCCGCGGCCAGGAGCCCCCCGCAGAAACAACACGAUACCAAUAGCUCAGCCAGAUCAUUCCCAAGCAACAUUUCACCAUGUGCACCAAGUGUCCCUUAUAGGGCAACCCAAAGCCUAGACUCGAGUGAUGAGAGCUUCUCAGAUUCAGAUGAAGAUAGCUGCCUGUGGAAGCGAAAGCGGCAGAAAUGUUCUAACCUUCCUCCCCCUAAACCAGAACCCUUCCAGUUUGACCAAAACCCUCUGAAACAGAUGACCGUUGGGGGUAAAAAGAUCAACAACAUUUGGGGUGCAGUGCUUCAGGAGCAGAAUCAAGAUGCAGUUGCCUCAGAACUUGGGAUCCUAGGGAUGGAGGGCACCAUAGACAGAAGUCGGGCAUCAGAGACUUACAACUACUUGUUGGCAAAAAAGCUGCUGAACAAACCUGAGAAAGAAGUGGUUGAAACACUAGACAAAGAGUUGGAUGAAUACAUGCACGAUGGCAAAAAGACAUUACCAAAGGAGGAAGAGGAGGAGGAGGAAAAUGGACAAGGACUAUUGAAACGGAAACGUUCUAUAAAGAACAGAUUGGGUGAAAGACAAGAAAUGAAUUAUAAAGGGAGGUAUGAAAUUACUGAAGAAGAUCCUGAGGAAAAAGUGGCAGAUGAAAUUGCUUACCGGCUUUGUGAACCGAAGAAGGAUCUGAUUAUACGGGUAGUGAAAAUCAUUGGGAAGAAAAAAUCCAUUGAACUGUUGAUGGAAACAGCUGAAGUGGAACAAAAUGGAGGCCUUUUCAUAAUGAAUGGUACUAGAAGAAGAACACCAGGUGGAGUUUAUUUAAACUUGCUGAAAAACACACCUAGCGUAACUGGAGAACAAAUCAAGGAAAUCUUCUAUAUUGAAAACCAAAAGGAGUAUGAGAACAAAAAAGCUGCAAAGAAGAGGAGAAUUCAAGUCCUGGGGAAAAAGAUGAAGAAAGCUAUUAAAGGGCUCAACCUUCAAGAAUAUGACGAUGCCUCUCGAGAGACUUUUGCUAGCGAUACAAACGAAGCGCUGGCUUCUCUGGAUGACUUGCAAGAGGGACACAGUGAAAUGAAAUUGGAUCCAGAGGAUGCUAUUGAAAUAGAUAACAGUCAGGAUUUAGACAUCUUUUAAUGUACUGGAUACUUGAGACACCAUAAGCUUUGUGAGAUACAUUAAAUUGCAGUUUUUAUAUCAUGUCUAUAUCUUGUUUUCAUUAGUUGCAAUAGUACAUGUUAUGUCAAUCAAUGGUAUGCUGAAGAGAGCCUUUUUAUUUCCAACUUAAUGCAAUACUUGAGCUUUCAGUUUUCAGAUCAUGAAUGUUUACGAUCUCCAUCCUUUGUUUCAGUCCUCACUCAACACCUAGUUAGGUCAUAUUCACUCACCUGAGCAUUAUUUGUUUUAGAUAAGGGCAAAACAGAAUGCUUUCAUUCCAGAGGAAAACUUGUGAAUGAGGCCUAUUUUAACUGCAUGGAAACACUUCUUCAUCUAACCAAAGGUAGUAUGCAACAAAGUGAUAUAGCACAGUUUGAAAUGUACACUGACUUGGAGCAUUGAGCAUGACCAUGGCCUCAAUUGAUGAGUUUGGAAACACUGUUUUGGGUCAUGAAUCAGAUAUGGUAUUCCAUCUGCUUGCAAAUUACUGAAAAUGUAUCUUUAGAUGGAAUAUUAACAAUAGGAAGGAAUAUAGUAUAGUGAUAUUAGAUGUCCUUUAUUUAGAUGCCCACUGUUGUCCAAAAGAAUGUUCUCUCAAAAGAAUUUUUAAGGAGUGUUCAGAUUUAUUUCCUGUUUCAAUGACAAAGCACCUGAUUCCCCACCCACCCCAAAUAAAUGUGCAGCAGCAGAUACUGCAUGAUGCAAAUCUCUGAUCCCUCCUUCUGGUAACUGGACCGCUAGUGUUAAAAAAGCACUUUUAAUAAAAGUUUGCAGUGGCUCAGAUAAACAGAUCCCUUGCACUACCCUAUCAGUCAUCUACUGCUCAUGCCUGAUUUUUGUGCUAAUGCUGUAAUAUAGUGAGAUAAUGUACUUAAGCACUACUGAAACCAUUUAGAAUUAAUCAUAAUACAGAUUUGAUCACCGUUAAAGUAGACCCCUUGAAAUCAAUGGCACAAGCAGUCAUGGCUAAGUUAAAUGUCAUUGAUUUCACUGGGUCUACUGUAGGUAUGACUGAGUCUGGAUCGAAACCAAUGUAACGGGAUACAGAAUGCUGGUUAUCAUACAUGAUUUGCCCAUUGUUCUUCCUAAAUUUAACAGUCUUGUUUGCUUCAUUGUCUCUGGGGAAAAGUUCUGGCUUGCGCAUACUUGAGCUGAAUACAAGUAUUGAGAUGUACCCAAGACCUAUGGGGGUGGUCACUUUGGUAGCCUUUCCAAGCUGAUCCUUUCAGCUAACUGCAAAAGAGUUGUUGAGGCAUAGGCUGUGGUUCCCUGAUGUGCAUCAAGCUGUUAAGAUUCCUUGAUGUCUGUCACUUACACAAAAAGUUAAUGACACUAAAUUGCCUUGAAUCUAAAUAUGUUGUUUUAUGUGAUUGUUUUGUGAGUCUCUGCACAAACAAAAGCAAGUAUACCAGUUUAAGGUAUCAACAGAUUAUUAAUGACCAACAAAUUUGAAACUACUGAGCCAAUAGUUGCUUCGAUAUUCUGUAUACCGAAUAUUGAUAUAUUUUAGUGUUGUUGUUUUUCAAAACAUUGGAUUAAAACUUCUGUUCCAAAUACAGGUAAUGGCUGAUUUCUCUAGGUAAUAAAAUAUUACAUUAUUUUGUAGAUGGAUUACAAUUCUUUUAUGUAAAGUUGAAGUAUUUAAAAGAUGACUAUGCCAUAUUGCUACACGAUCAUUCUUUUGCAGUAAACUUGGUAAGGUUGUUUACCAUUUACUAAGAAAUGUGGUAUUCUGUAAUCCUUGUUCUUAAUAUCCGAAGGUCCUACAACCCUUAGAUAUUCUGCUAGGAAACAUGUCCUAGUGAAUGUAGUGGGAUCGCUGAGUAUAGGAAUAGGCUGCCUGAGAUGUCAGUGUAACAUUGUAAUGUUGGUAGUUUAUGGUUUUCAAACAUUUCACUAACAUUGCUGUCAAUAUGCCACAUUCUAAGCAGGCAUAUGCUAGGUGCAGCAAGUCUAAGAAAUAUGUUAUGGAUACUUUCCCUCCAGAAUUAAGACCAUUUUACUAUCCUAAACUGUUUUUUCAUCUUCAAUUACAGAGUAGUUUAUUUUGUUUUCUUUUCUUCAGACUCUAAAGUUCACUUUAACCAAUAGUUCUGAAAAUGGGGUCUGCCUAUAAAAUGUAUCCACUAUUCUUUCACCCUACUGAGUUCCAAUUAACUUUUUUUUUUUAAAAAAAGGGACAGGACAGUUAGCAACAUAUUUGCUUGAACCUUACUUGUAGGCAUGCAAGUAUACUAUUUGUAAAAGCUCUCAGAAAGGACAAAGUGGAAUUGCACACAUCUGGUUUUAUUUUUAUUUGUAGAGUAAAAUAAAUAAAUAAAGACUUGGUUUUGAAAA